AAUAAAUAAAAUGGUUCUAGUAUUUCAUAUUUCCUAGUUCAGAUGUAUUAAUUCAUGCAAUUAAAUAUGAAUGUUCUGAUUUUACUGAAAAACUUGUUCUGUAAUAGUUCCUUUACUAUUGUAAUCAAAAAUAUUCAAUCUCAAUUCUGAGGCUGCUCUAUAAAUAGUUUUCAAAUAAACAAUACAAAUGGCAACUUCUGAUCAAUCCAUAUCAAUUUCAGAUUUAAAAUAAUGUAUUGAUGUAAACCACACCCACUAAUUUCCUAAUAAUAAGGUGCAUUCAUCUGUGUUUCUCCUUUGAUCCGCAUUAAUGAUAUUUUCAGCACCAGAACAAUGAAGCAAAGAAAGAUUCCUGAGUUUGUUAGUAAUUUUAUUUAUUAGAUGCAUCUGAUCUGUUCUAUUUUUCUCUGAAAUGAGAUCAAAUCAGUGCUUCUAUGGGUUGUCUCCUCUCUGCACUAGAAAAAUGUACUUUUAUUAUAAUGUUCACAGUAAUGCAUCUUGAUGUUCUUAACAAUAAAAAUCAAAGAUAUUGGUCAAUAAUGCCAAAUAUGUAAAUUUGUGUUGUUCAGUCAUUUUUAUUCUGGCUUAAAAAUACUUCAUUAAGUCUACUAAGCAGGGGUGUAGAACGUGUUUAAUAGGGCCAGCCCAGUAAUGACCUUGGACCAAAAUAAAGGGGGCAGAAAGUCAAAUAAAGGGGGGCAAAAGGAGAUGUUUUUCCAGACGCCAAGACAAAUGAAAUGCCAAAUCCCCCUGCAACGUGUGUCACUGAGAGUUUAAAACAAAAAUUAUUCUUGUGCAAAUAUUGGUGUAUUCACCUUUAAUACUAGUUAUUAAAAUGCAGCAGUUGCUGGACUGGUGCAGUUCAAAGUGGAGUGCAUCAAAUAAAACAAUAUUAACAUAAAGGUGAGAUGUGUCAUAAUUUAAUUUUCGGAUCAUUGGGACAUCUCCAUAGUCCACAGGAGCACCUUGGCUUAGGUUAAGGGAGAAGCUACGUCCAUAACAUCAUUUAAGGACUCCAGGUAUUGAGUUUUUCCUUUUCAGUUCCUGGAGAACUCUUAUGUGUGAAAUGUCUGUGAAGGUUCUCAGUCAUCCAGGUCAUUGUAGUCUAAUGAGCUUUGAAAGAAAAGCGUCUGGACUUCUUUGAGUUGCUUGAAGACAUGAUGGUCUUUCAUACAGAAUGUCUCGUGUCUUCAUCUGUCUAGGGCUGUUAUGAUGGUUUCAUUUUUGAAUCAUUUGAACAUUAAAUGUUCUCUGCAGACCUGUUAGUGUCCUCCAUCAUUCAGGUGUUAUGAGUGUGUUCUGUUGUCCUUCUGGGUAAAGCAGCAGUUACAGGAUGGUGGAGAUUUCUUUUAAUCGUUGAUUUUACCUAUUUUUAUUUUCUAUCCUUUAUUUUAAUGAGAUGUGUUUGUUUCACAUAGAUUACAGUUGACUUUGCUACUAAGUGUUGUUCUAGAUCUUAGCAAUGAUGUUUAUGCUUCAUUAUUUGUUUCUUCUUCUUGUAAUAAAACUUAAACUUUGCUGGCUGAAUGCAGAAGUGUUUUCUCUUUAAGUCUCUGAUCAAAUCCCACAACACCACACAUGGCUCCAUCCCACAAAUCUCCAACUACAAGAAGCUAUCCUAUCAAUGUGAGGCAACAUUUCUGAAGAAUGCUUUCAGCACCUUGUUGAAUCAAUGCCACGUAGAUUUAAGGCAGUUCUGAAGGUAAAAGGGGCUCAAACACCGUAUUAGUAUGGUGUUCCUAAUAGUCCUGUAGGUGAGUGUAUAUAUAUGUCUAUUAUACAUAGAAUAUUACAUUUAGUAAACUGUAUUUUUGCCCAUCAGACCUCAGUGAGUGAAGAAAACAAGAGCGUCUGGUGGCCGCACCAAGCAUUACAUGAGACAAUUUCUAAAUCAGCACCUUCACAACACUUUUUGUUUUCUUCUCAGAGCGGCUUCAGAAAUACAAACAUCAAAGGUUUCUCCCACAUUCUUUACAGAAAAUGUUUUUCUGAAAAUACUUCUCGGUUUGUUUAUAGGUCAAGAAAUCAAGAGAAAAAUAAAAUUGGUCACAAUGAGUUGAUAGAACAUCACAAACACAACAUUUAUUUACUCUUACGCUUGUCAGGGCUUUUGAAGAAACUGUUAAACAAUAAUAAAAAUGUGUGUUUUAUUAGUCCCAUUCUGAACACACAGGUGUUUUAUUCUGCUCCAGCAGGUGGCGCUAGUGUACCUUUACGCUGGUCACCGACCACCCGAGAAAGCAGAAACCGAAAGCUGCUAGCAGAGCUAGCUUGUUGUUGUUCUGGUGUGUGAGGAGAAUAUUUGAGGCUCUGCAGUAAAAAUGUCUUCACUUCAGUCUCUGGGAGAGUUGAUCAGCUAAAGCGACUAACUGCUGCUGCUGCAGAAAUCUUCUCACCAGGCUGUGGAAACUUUCUUCUCCUCCUCAACAACUUGGUGGAGUUCUUUCCAGAACCGGAGAAGAUAUUCUGCGGUCUUCGUGACAAUCGGAGCUCCAGAAUCAGGUUGUGGAUUGAAGAGGUUCCCUCUAUCAGACUCGCUCAUCUGAGUUGGUCAUGAUGCAGGAUCGCUGCUCGCUCUCUGAUCCAUCCUGCUCACACUCUCCGACGGAAAAGCCCCGAAUCCUAAUCAGCUCUCCUGCUUUGUUUCUAUUGCAGCUGUUAGCUAAACACGGCUAAAGAAAACCUGCUACCACUUCAGGAUCUGGGACUGAUUCAUCGUGUGUUCUUCACCACCUGGACCUGGACAGCAUGGACACAGUUCCUAUAAAAAGUGAAGAUGAAGAGAAGCCUCUGUUCUCACAACUUCAUCAGCAGCAAAUAGAAGACAGAGAUGUUCCAUCCAGCCGCUCAGCUGACCAGAUUAAAGCAGAAACUGGUGGAGGAGCAGAAACUAGCAGGAACCCAGAUCUGAACCCUCAUGAACAAACAUCUGAUUCUUCAGAGACUGAAGUUAGUGGAGAUGAUGAUGAUGAUGAUGAUGAUGUGAAUCUAGACUCUGAACUGCCAAACUCAGGGUCUGAAAUUGGAGACAACAACAAUGACUGGAAUGAGAGCAGGUCUUUUCAGUCAGAAGUUAAGACAGUCAACAAAUCCUUUAGCUGCCCUGAGUGUGGUAAAUUAUUUCCCCAUAAGUGGUCUCUCCAGAACCAUGUGAGAGUUACAAGUCAUUCAGCAAUAUGCUCUUCAGGCUUUUUGAUUAAUAAUAAAAGUGUUAGAGUGAAGCAACAUCUAGACUCAGAUAGGAAAGUUCAGAAAGAUCUAAAAUCAUUUAGAUGUGACGACUGUGGAAAAAUAUUUAGUGUAAAAUCCCAAUUAAACAAACACAUAAGAGUCCACACAGGACAGAAACCUUUUGUCUGUGAGUUCUGUGGAAAAAGAUUUAGCCGUAAGUCAACUUUAAAUGAUCACAUGAGAGUCCACACAGGUGAGAAGCCAUUUCCAUGUGAGCUCUGUGGUCAAAGAUUUAGCCUGAAGUCAUCUUUAAACAGUCACACGAGAGGCCACACAGGACAGAAACCGUUUGUCUGUGAGCUUUGUGGAAAAAGAUUUAGCCGUAAGGUAACUUUAAACAGACACAUUAAAGUCCACACAGGACAGAAGCCUUUUCCCUGUGAGCUCUGUGGAAAAAGAUUUAGAUUGAAGGGAGAUUUAAACAAACACAUAAGAGUCCACACAGGACAGAAACCUUUUGUCUGUGAGCUCUGUGGAAAAAGAUUUAGCCAAAAGUCAGCUUCAAAUUAUCACAUGAGAGUCCACACAGGAGAGAAGCCAUUUCCAUGUGAGCUCUGUGGUCAAAGAUUUAGCAUGAAGUCACAUUUAAACAGUCACACGAGAGUCCACACAGGACAGAAGCUUUUUGUCUGUGAGCUUUGUGGAAAAAGAUUUAGCUGUAAGUCAUCUUUAAACAGUCACAUGACAUUCCACACAGGACAGAAGCCUUAUGUCUGUGGGUUCUGUGGCCAAAUGUUUUCUCAAACGUCAAGUUUAACCAGACACAUGAGAGUCCACACAGGACUUUUCCCUGUGAGCUCUGUGGAAAAAGCUUUAGAAUGAAGGGAGAUUUAUAUAAACACAUUAGAGUCCACACAGGACAUAAACCCUUUCUCUGUGAGCUCUGUGGAAAAAGAUUUAGCCAAAGGUCAACUUUAAACAGUCACACGAGAGUCCACACAGGACAGAAGCCUUUUGUCUGUGAGCUUUGUGGAAAAAGAUUUUGCCGUAAGUCAACUUUAAACAGUCACACGAGAGUCCACACAGGACAGAAGCCUUUUCCCUGUGAGCUCUGUGGAAAAAGAUUUAGCCAGCAGACAAAUUUAAAUAAUCACAUGAGAGUCCACACAGGACAGAAGCCUUUUGUCUGUGAGCUCUGUGACCAAAUGUUUUCCCAAAAGACAAGUUUAACCAGACACAUGGGAGACCACACAAGGACACAAGGAACUAAUGUAAUAACACAAGUCCAAAAAUGAUUGUAGUUUGUACAUCCUAGUUCCAUGUGUUGCACUCCUGGUUUUUGUCCUAGAUCAGAGUUUUUUCCAGCCCAUGAGCCACCUCUCCCUGUCCUGCAAGUCACAGUUUGUGGCCACUAAGCUGUAAUUAUUUCACUAUAUCUCUGUUUCCAUUGUGAUGCAGCGCAAUGCAUCUCUAUUAAGGUAGCACGACUCAGGUUGCGAAUGACCACAGUCACCAAUUUUUAUCAUGUGUCUUGCCCAUGUAUGUCUAAUCUCAGAAUUGUGUGUACUGAAACUCUAAUUUCCCUCUGGGAUUAAUAAAGGAUUGAUUGAUUGAUUGAUUGAUUGAUUAAUUGAUUGGUUGAUUGUAUCGCUACACAAUGAUGAGCAGCUAGAUCAGAGUUUUGGAGCGUUGCAGUAGAGAGAGUAGCAUGGCGUGUCUACUCUGCUUUUAAAUAGUUUGUGUAGUGUACAAAUAAUUGUCUUUUACCAGUGGUUUGUACUUUGUGAGUUGCAUAAAUAUAACUACAGAUCUCUUCAGGUGUUCAUCAAGUAGUUCCAGGAUUGGGCCCUGCUAGUGUGAUCAGAUGACAGUCCAACAUUUCCAUAACUUUUCACACAUUCAGCAAAUUUAGACAGUUUCCUGUUGUUUACAGACGUGCGUCUUGUGUUUUAACCUAGCAUUUAGAAACUAAGAUUGUGAAGCAAAACAAGAGAGGGCUGUCAAUCAAACAAAAGUGAAGAACACUGUCUGUCUUUCUGAUGAAAUCAGGAUUAAUUCCUUCUAAAAAAUGGUGUUAGGAGUAGGCUUGGGAAGGAUUACCGCAUUACCGUAUACAGCCAGUGUUUAAAAAAUAGCAACGGUGUUAGUUCCAGUACUGUCAUGAAAAAAAUGAUGCACGUAGGAGACGAGGAUUAAAAACAUAAAAAAAUAAAAGUAACCUAAUGUAUAAAACGGAAGCAUGGUUCAAUUGUCCGUUUUACUCAAAUAGUUCAAAUUAGGGAUGAGCGAGUACACCUGUAUCUGUAUCUGUUCAACCAUCUAAAUUAUCUUUAUCUGUACUCGGAGUGGGCGUGGCCUAACCCGGAAGUGGGUGUGGUUUACAUCAAUACAUUAUUUUAAGUCUGAAAUUGAUAUGGAUUGAUCCAAAGUUGCUAUGCACAAGGGUGUAGGAAUGAGUUUAAUAUUGGGGGGACACAUUUUGGAAAUCUAACAAAUCUGUUGUAGGUCAAUACAUAGAGCUCCGGACCCCACGUGACUCUCAGUUAGUAGAUGCCAAAAUGGCAGGUAAAAGAAGCUAAACAAACACAGAUCGUAAACGUGAACGGGAUCGGCUUGGAUUUUACUUCGUCGGAGUUUACUUCACACUUUAAAACCGAAGAAAUCGUUUUAUAUAGUCAGAAAUUAAAUAGACUAAACAUCUCCGACCCUUACCGUGCCCCUGGGAUACUUUUUAAAAAUGCCAGAAGCUGUCGGAGCGGACUUCUUACUGGACCUGGCCGGGGAACCCCUUGGGAUUCCCCCGGAGGAGCUGGCUAGGCGGCUGGGGAGAGGGAAGUCUGGGCCUCUCGACGCUACUGCCCCCGCAACCCGACUCCGGAUAUGCGGAUGAAAAUGGAUGGACAAAGAACAUAGAUUUACAUGUAAGUAGUUUAAAUAGAGUGCUGUGCUGUUCGAAUGUAUAAACUGAACGCCAAGAGAAAUCACUAGUUUGAUUUUCUUCCAUGAAUAAAAUAAAUAUGUCAGGCAGGAGCAUCUCAGGAUCUGUCUGAGAUCUGUCUCGGUGAGACAGGUAAUAGCAAUCCAAAGUGCUUUUUAUGUGUGAUCUGACAAUUGAUCAACCAUUGCUUAAAAAUUAAAGACAGCUUAGCCGGUUAAUUGCUGUCAUCAUAAAACACGUAAACGGCAGCACGCAGAACUCACGAGGCAACGUUUUACGUGAUGUUUACUUGCUGCUAUGAGUAAUAAGACAGAAAAAGCCACGCCAAAAUAAGUUUAGGAAGCCCACUAAGAAUCGUAAUAAAAGCAUUUAAAAUAAAUACCAUACACAGUUGAGGAAACGUUGGUUUAAGUACCUGAUAUGAAGCGGUCGCUGCAUAAGCGAAAACCUUUACUCUCGGGAUCCCACAGCUUCAUUUUAGCCCGGUCACUAGCGUCCAAGUGAUCCAAUGUUUGCGGCGCUCCGGAUCUUGGGGAAUCCUGUAGAAGGCUCAUUCCUUAUGUCGUCCGCGUCUGUUCUGCAUCCUGGGGCACAACAGGAAUCUACCAUAUUUCCUGUCUGAUUGAGUUUUCUGACAAUAACAAAUAGUCCAGCUGCGGGCUUCUACCUGCCAAUAUGGCGCCAUUUCGAUUUGAACUGUUGCAUGCCGGGAGAAGUGACGUCAACUCCUGGAGCUCUAUGGGUCAACUUCACUGAAAAAAAUACAUUUAAUGAUUAUUUCUGAUUCUAAUGUGUCAGUGAGUGUUUCAUGCAGGCUGAACAUGAACAUAGUCUCCUACCGCUAUCUCCUGCAUUAGCUUCAGAUAGACGGUGAAACUCUAGGAUUAGAAAAGUCUGACAGAUGUGACUCUGGGCGUAAGGCAAAGCCCAGAAAGACAAGAAAAUAACUUUUAUAGCCCAGUUCACUAACAUUCUGUUUUUUUUUUUAUUUUUUUUUAUCGGGGACCCAUGAGCCAGCCGGAAGGGGAGGAGACUUAGGCUCCCCAUUAGCCAGAUCCAGGUGAUUACCGGCCAACGUGGAUGUUUUAAUUAUAAAAAGCUGUUUAUGUGUCAGUACUGUUUUAUUUUUAUUUAAUAAUAUGAAUGUAGGAUAUAUUAUCUUAUUCAUAUGGGUAGAGAUGUGUAAACAGAUUUAAUACAAGACUAAAGCUGUGAAUAUUCAGUCUGAAUUGAUCUGACUCUCAUCAGAAUAUUUUAAACUACAUCAGCCAACAAUGCUGACCAACAAUCAGAAAAAUCUGUUUGCUUCUGACAGAAUGAAAAAAGAAAUAAUUCACUUACAACAACAGCUGGAACUACAUUAUUUUUCAGAUGGACAAAAGAAAAAAACAGUGGCCAAAACUGCAGUCUAAAUGCACCAGAAAGCAGAGUUUAACACUUAUUUUUCUAAUAUUUCUAAGGAAGCAUAUACAGAAUGUAAUUUAUUCUUAAACCGUACUGCCCAGCCCUACUUGUUAUGGGAUUGCAUAUAUUUAACUGUGUUCACUUAUUAUUACAUUCAAAUCUUCCUCUCAUCAGCAACCUAAAACCAUCUCAUUCUUCAUUGUAGCACCUCAGCAGGUCUGGCUCUCUCUGUCUCACCCUCAGCUGGUUCCUGCUGAACUUCAUCUGAUCUCUAAUAUAAAAACAGUGGACAGGAAUAAGGAGUAAAAAAUACUGUUGAACGACUAGUGCAAUAUUAAAAUUGGUUGUUAUGGUAUUAUUUAGUCGUGUUCACUUGUUAUCAUGCUCGAAUCUUCCUCUCAUCAUGAACCAUCUAAAACCUCACUCCAUUGUAGCACCUACCUGCACCUCAGCAGGUCUGGUGCUGCCUGUCUCACCUUCUUCAUCAUUUUCCUGCUCAGGGCCGGCUUUGCCGACAGGCGACACAGGCGGCCGCCUGGGGCGCCAUCUGAUGGAUAGGGCGCAAAAAAAUAAUAAUUUUUUUAAAUUUAUGUUUGUAAUAUGAAAUGCACUCUCUACAUACUCAAAAUUCCCCUCUGAAAUGACAUGAAAUUAAAACAUCAAUAUUUAAAUUCUAAUGAUCUGGCUGCAUGACGAGCUCCCGCUUGGACCACCGCUCCGAUGCAUUUGACCGUUAAGGGUGCCGUAGAUCACGUGCGUGGGUAGCACAGAAGGACAUCCUGUUGUCGUUGCGUUUAAACUUUUGAUAUCUUUUACGAUGAAAAGAACACCUAAGCCAUCGGGAUCAGCAUUCCGAAAGCGAGGGAAGGAGGAAGAAAAAAAACGGGCCCAAAGCAGAGGUAUGUAGACUAUAAAUUUGGCAAAGGAACUUUUUGCGUUACAAUUUUAGCUAACUGCCUCUCCUGCCACGCUCGGUCCACGGACGGACCCUUGCUAGCUGUUUACUUACACAAUACAGAAUCUCGUAACUUUAACCAAUUCAGGGUUUCCCUUACAUAGGCGUAGCCGUGGCAGCCCGCCUCGGCUGAAAUCCCACAAGAUCCCAAGUAUUUUUUUUUUUAUUUUUACUUUUUUUGCGCUGUUUCCCUACUAUGUUGUCGCUUGUGAUCACAGCCGGCGGGCAGCAAGGAGGAGCAGGCAGGGCAAGGUGAAGUUACAGCAUAAGUUACUGAGUUUAAAAUUAGAAAGGUAGCAGUGGAUAUAAUGCUUUUUGGUUUACAUGUUUCAAUAGCAUUAAGAUAAACGAGUGUUGAUGAUCUUGACAGGGUUUCCUCCAGUGCUUAUUAGGCCAGGUUCUCCUCCCCCCACCAGGCUAAGCAUCACUUAUUCAUGUAAAAUUUAUUUAUUUUUUCAUGUUUGACUUUAACUGCAUCUAAUACUGUAUUAUGGCGUGAGCGCAACAUCGACAACUUAAGAUCGAUGUGUGAGCAGCGUGAGAGGUUGGGUGUUUUCAUCUGAACCCUUAAAACCUCCAGCAGGCUACGCUGCACUAUUGACGCGUUAGCGCGCGGCGCUAACAACUUAGCGACGUGACAUGUCUCGGAGAAAGCGUAAAAACACGUUGGACGCUUCUUCUGAAGCGGGAAAAUAACACCUCUUCUUAAGCAGAGCACGACGUCGCCUCGGCUCGUUCACGGUUGAGCCGGACUGAGCUCGAUAACAUUGACCCAGCACAGCCACUGGGUCGUUGGAGCUGCCCUGUGACUGCCUGAUGGAAAACCAGCGGGUUUCAUCAGACUCGUAAAGUUUCUUGUUUUUGCUGGGGACCCCCUGUAUUUUACCGCUCCCUCCUGCAGUCUUCCCCUAUUAACAUUUAAAAUGAUUCUGUAAAUUCCGUGUAUCAAUAGAAACAAUCUCUGCCUCUGCCAGCUGCAGUAAAUGUAGUCUCCAAAUAAUAAAUAAGAGGUGCAUUCAUCUGUGUAUCUCCUUUGAUCCGCAUUAGUGAUGUUUUCAGCACCAGAACGGUGAAGCAAAGAAACAGAUUCCUGAGCUUGUUAGUAAUUUUAUUUAUUAGGUGCAUCUAACCUGUUCUAUUUUUCUCUGAAAUGAGAUCAAAUCAGUGCUUCUAUGGGCUGUCUCCUCUCUGCACUAGAAAAUUUUACUUUAUUUAGAGACGUGUCAUACUGCGGAGCUCAUCACCUGUGCUGUGGUGAUUUCACCUCACUGACGCAGCAUUGAAACGCGCUCUCCGCUUUGCGGUCAGGAGAUCCCUUUGAUCUGCUCAGAAGUAACUGAUGAGGUGAAAAAGUAUGAAUCCAGGCAACAGGUUUUCUGGAGAGUUUAGAGGAGAUGCAGGAAGAUGAGAGACAGACAGGACAGGAAAAUAGUUCAAUAAAAACAAGAAAACAAAACAAAGUUAUGAAAAGUAAAAUGUAGGUAGAUUUAUCUCCACUACACGUUUUUACCUGUAUAAAACAAUAAGUUAUACACAUAUUUAUACAUCUGAUACAAUUCAGAUCACCUUCAAAACUCAGUCACACACCCAGGGCCGUUUCAAGACAUUUUGGGGGCCAAGGCAAAAUGACCCCACCCACCCCCACUAGAGCCCUGCACUGAAGCCCUAGGCCCUCGGGUCGGCCCGGCCCGACGGCCCUCGGGCCGGGCUUCGGGCUAACGACUGUGUAAUUACCUCUGACAUGGGCCGGGCGCCUUUAUUUUUAAUUGAAUUCAUUAAAAAAAAUUGAAACACAAACGCAGCAGGAGAGCCCUGCGCGGGACUGUUUUCUUCAUCCCGCUCCUGCCCGCUCCCGCUGAAUUUCUGACCAUUACCGCCCGCAACCGCAACAUGUGUGUUACACUCGCGCCCGCACCUGCAGCGUGCAUGUCUACUCCCGCCCGCAACCGCAAAACUCGGAGAAACUAUUACCUCACAAUAAAAGAGAUGUAUUGAGUUUGCGUCCUCUCUGGUCCUGGAGAAAACAUGUCACUUCCAUCCAUCUGAUGCGGCUCUCUGUGCUUGUAAAAUAAUGAAUGGAUAUUUAAAUAAAAUGCUUUAUAUUUUACUGAAUUAAUUUUAUAUCUGUAAGUCAAUUCUAUGUAAAGAUUGUCUGCGUAAACCUGAACAGGUCCAAC